GUGCGAUGUCGACUCAAGUGGCUAACGCGUUGCGACCAGACCUCGACAGGUUCGUUUUUCCGUCCAAGCGAUCCAAAACUCGCAACCGCGUGUGGGUUAAUCCCCCCCUCAAGCGGCGUAGUAGUCUCUCAAGCGUGCAAACAUGGCUGCGUCGCUACCACCUGCCCUGCAGGCUUUAUUGCGUGCUCGUCUCCUCGUAUUGGGGCAACAGACAGUGAGACCAACGGUUCGGAUGAUACCACGGUUCAGGCCAGCGCUCCGCCAAUAUGAGACGUCGGCGGCAAACUCUCCCGGCGUAGCUUACCAGGCAAGCGAUACGGGAGCUCAUGUUCGGAAGGUAGCACGGAAUGCGGAUAGCACGGAAGCCCUGGAAGCCUUGAGGCACCACUUGCAAAGAAAUGACGCAGAGAGAGUCUUCUCCGCAUACCGGAAUCUGAGGGCUGACACUGGAUCGACGGGCUUGAGUCAGCUUAGCACGGAAGACUACUCGUCCAUAUGGCAGGCCUUCCAUGAAGCGAGAGAACGAUCGAUGGAGCUGCAUGCGAACGACUACAAAGACUUGAUGGAAGACAUGCGAGCAAUGCGUUUGGCGCCAAACGAAAUGCAGUACAAUGCAUACAUUAUUGCGUGCAGGGAAGACGGAUUGCUGGAUGAAUGCCUGGAGGGUUGGCAACGAAUGAAAGCGGAGGGACUCCAGCCAUCGUUCAAUGCGUAUAAGAGCAUCUUGGCUUGUAUCCGAGAUGCAGUUCAGGCCCGUGAGGUGCUGAAGACUGUUGUAGCUGAUGCCGGUUUCCCUGUUACCACGUUGGAACGGUGUGCGCUUGUCGAAUGUCCCAAGGAAGCUGGAUCAGGAGUGGGGGUUACUGCGGGCACGGAUAACCGCGGACUUUUGCCUGAUGUAGAGAUGAUCUCACAGGUGAUGACCACUGCGAUCGGAGCCGGGGAAGCCAAUAUUGCCGCGCAGGCAUAUGCCCUGGCCGCCGAGAUAGGAAUCAAAGUGGAUGGUAUCACGGUCGCCAACUAUUUUGACUUCCUGGCAGCGCAAAGCAUCAGAGUUGGCACGGUGGUCGACAAAAACCUUGUGAGGCUGAGCUUACAAGUCUUUCAGUCCGUAUUUACACGUGGGAUCAAGCUCAACAGUAGACAAGCUUUGGACGUCCUCAUCAACGGGCUGGUCACCACCAGAGACCUUCCGUCAGCGCUACAUGUCGCCCGAUCUGCCGCAGCAUCGGGUUACGCUCUACUCCCAAGCACGUAUUCCCGAUUGAUUCACGCACAAGUCAAAGCGAACAGUCUUAGCGGUGCCUUGACCGUAUACCGGGACUUGAUGCUUGCAGGGUCCGUUCCGAACGAGGACACAUACCGAUACCUCUUCCAAGCACUGAGCCGUGUGUCAUUUAGCCUCAGCACCUUGACGACGAUGAAAUCAUUAUAUGCCGACAUGCAGAUUGUGGGUGUUCAGGGCUCACCGCCGAUCGUCGAAGCACUUCUUACGACGUGUUCGAUACACGCGGACGUACCCACCGGGCGGAAGUUGGCGGAUGACUUCAAAGUUCGGCCGUUGUUCACGAAGACAUCCUUUCAUGCAUUGCUCCAAUUGGCCGCGUCCGAUGAGGAUCCUGUGUGGAUCCGAGAUUUGCAUGCGGCUAUGCUUCGACGAGGGAUGCAGCUUCAUGGCCCAACGCUCACGAUGGUUGUGGAUGCAAUGGCUCGAACGGACAUAGCAGCUGCCAAUGAGUUUGUUCGACAACUCCUGGAUGAGCAGACCCUCUCGACGCCAGUUGCCGAGGCUUUCAUCCGACGAGCCUUAGUAUCUGAAACGCCGUCAUUAGCGGCGGACAUUUACCACCUGCUACUUCAAGCUGACCUGCAAAUAGCACGCGAUCUGCAAUGGAGCUUACUCCCACAUCUCGUGAGAGCUGGAACAGUAGCCACGGGCGUGGCAAUAUACAACUCGCUACGGGACGAGCCGAGGUCAUUGACGUCAGAUGUCUACAACAGUCUGAUGGGUGCCCUGCUCUCGCAAGGCUCACUUAUAGAUGCGACGAAGGUAUUCCGCGACAUGUUGGACUUCAAGAUACAACUGCAGGACAACGAAUGCAUCGCGUUCCUACAAGCCCACUUGGACAUCCAACGCCCAAGCGCAGCGAAGGAUUUCGCGAUGGAUAUCGCCGAUAGGAGUUUCAUGACUAAAGAAGUGUAUGACUUCCUCAUGGAGUACUUCAUGUCGCUGGGCCGUGUGAACGACAUUCUCGAUGUCCUUGUCGCAACGAAAGGGAUUGGGCUCGAUUCGGGUCGAGUACUCGGCGUCACCCAACUUGGGGAGCGCACCUAUCCCCUUAUCCGGUUUUAUUUGCAGGGAUGGGCUCUUCCCUUCAAUCAAGUGAAGGCCACCAUCCCAACCGAACUGGAAGAGUUGCUGCAGCGGACGCGUGAGGUCAUGGAAACCAUCCCCGGAGCACGCCCGGAAGAUUUUGCUGGAAUGGACAGACUGCUAGCGCAGGCCUGGCGCUGCCGGUUGUUACACUACCACGGCCUGAUCGAGAAGGCACUCGAGACUCCGGAAAGGGAGGGCGUCCGGCAAGCCAUACGUUAUUUGAAAGAGAUGCAGGAGGAGCUUCCUCCAUCCGACGAGAUGGCGCCGCACUUCGCAAUGGUCAUCAGGAGGCUGAUUGAACGAGGCAAUCCCUUUCAGGCCUUUGGGCAAUACCAAAAAAUGCGAGCCUUCGGUAUCAAAAACAACGACGAGACCCUCGGUUUAGCCAUCAAAUCUUUUCUACGGAGAAAGCGAUUGGAUGACGCCUACAACCUGUAUCUUACAGAAGCCACAGCGCGAUAUCCGGCGCCAGAAGGCGCCGCGAUGCUGCGGGAGGCACUGCGGAAAGAUGACCAGAGUGGCAAAGCUAAGCAAGUCGGAGAUAGAUUGUACCGGUUGCAAGGGAAAGGAGAACCAGCGGUGGAACCGUUCUGGCAGAAAGUCAUAAAUAUAGAGAAGGAAUAGAAGAUAGACUCCGAACGGCUGCGAAGUAGAUUGUCUAUAAUAUA